AUGAACUCGAAUACUGCUGCUACGACGAGUUCUGCAAGCCUCGCGUUUACGUUCGAAGCAGAGAAUUUUCGUAAAAUUCAGCCAAAAGAAUUUAUAAAAAAAUUUCUUGAACAGAAUGUUCGACCUGACGGAAGAGUUUUUCGUCAAUUUCGAAAAACCACAGUAAAUUCUGGGCACAUUUCAACAGCGGAUGGCUCUGCAGUAGUUCGAAUAGGAAAUACUACUGUCGUUUGUGGAAUUAAAGCAGAAGUUGCCGAGCCAAAGACGAGUACACCAAAAGAAGGCUACCUUGUUCCAAACAUCGAGCUUUCGCCAAUUUGUUCUUCAAAAGUCAAACCAGGACCUCCAAGUGAACAUGCACAAGUUAUGAGCGAGAAUUUAAACAAGUUAUUAAAGAGUUCUUCGGUAAUAUCUUUAAAAGAUUUAUGUAUUGAGGAGGGUAAAGCUGUUUGGGUUUUAUAUGCUGAUAUAAUUUGCAUUAAUUACGAUGGCAAUGUAUUUGACGCGUCAGUUAUCGCAAUUAUUGCAGCGCUUAAUAAUUUGCGACUUCGUAAAGUUGAAUAUAAUGAAGGUUUAGUGACAGCCACUGAGACGCGUCCUAUCAAGUUGAACCUUUCUAGACUCCCACUUUCUUCCACUUUUGCAUUAUUUGAUGGGCUAUAUCUAUUAGCAGAUCCCAGUGAUGCAGAAGAAUCUGUUAUGGAAGAGAUGGUUACAGUCGUCUGUGACGAAACGGGUAAAUUAUGCAAUAUUUGGAAAAGGGGUGGACCUUCUUGUUCACCCGAUCAAAUUAUCACUUGCGUGUCUUUGGCUCGUGAACGAUAUACCACAAUAUACGAUACUGUAAACUACUCAAACAAUAAAGUCGUUGCUGAAGUUGCGGAUCAAGAUGCUAUGAAACACAAAGCAGUUCAAUUCGAGUCUGAAGAAGCAAAGAUGAAUGAGAGAACUGCGACCAGUGUGGCUAGAAAGAAACCAAUAUUAACGCGAAUUAAAGAUGAACUCGUACAUUAUUGGGAUGGAACAAAGCUGCUGGGAUUGGAAAUCAGAAUCUCUACUAAACUUUUGUUUAAACUUUUGCGAGGACAAACAUUAACUCGUCGUGAAGAUCGUCAGCUUCGAAGAACGACGCAAGAUUUAGUUCGUCUUGUCCCGUUUGCUGUAUUCAUCAUAGUACCAUUCAUGGAAUUCUUGCUUCCUGUUGCCCUAAAACUGUUUCCCAAUAUGUUGCCUAGUACCUUCGAGGAUAAGUUUUCAAAGGAGGAAAAAAAGAGAAAAAUUUUAAAGGUUCGUCUCGAGAUGGCCAAAUUUUUGCAAGAGACAAUCGAAGAGAUCGGUGCGUCUGGAUCAGGUCGUGAAGAGGCUGCUAAAGAAUUUUCAGAGUUCUUUCGAAAGGUCAGAUCAACUGGAGAACAAGCCUCCACUGAAGAUCUUCUUCGAAUAGCAAACCUUUUUGAGGACGAAUUGACAUUAGAUAAUUUAUCUCGACCUCAACUGGUCAGCAUGUGUCGAUAUAUGGGUAUUAAUGCGUUUGGGACCGAUAACUUUCUCAGAUAUCAAAUUCGUAACAGUAUGAAAAGCAUCAAAGAAGAUGAUAAAAUGAUUCGUGCUGAAGGCAUAGAUUCUCUGACCAUUCCCGAACUUCACGCUGCAUCUCAGUCACGUGGAAUCAGAACAAUCGGUGUUUCUCCUGCACGACUACGCAACGAAUUGAACCAAUGGUUGGAUUUGCAUUUGAAUCACAAAGUGCCGUCGUCACUUUUAAUCUUGUCACGAGCAUUUAGUUUCGCAGAUAGAUCCGAAUUGGUUGAUCAAGCUCAAGCAUUGCAAGCAACAUUAGACAGUUUGCCGGAUAAUCUGGUAAACGAAGCAGAAUUAGAGGUCUCCGAGGCAUCUGCUACAUAUAAACAGAAACUAGAAGUUAUUGAGCAACAAGAAGAAUUAAUUGCUGAUGAAAAGGCUCAAGAAGAGAAAGAAGAGGCUGCAAGAAGGGCCCACAAAGAGCAAAUAGAGGCAGAAAGAAGAGCCCAAAAAGAGGCCGAAGAACUAGCAAAAGAAGCCACAUUCGCCGAAGAUCUUGCACCAAAUAAAAAAAUUACUUUUGUUGCUGAGGAUGAUGCUCGAAUGACACAGCAACAACUUCAAGAACUUCGUGAGGCACUCACGAUAUUAUCGUCAAAAUCAGCAGUAUUGGAGGAACGCGAAGUAUUAAAAGAAAUCAGGGAUGAUCACGAAGAAUACAAAGAGGAUAUGCAUAUCGAGGCUGGUGGUAAAGAAUCAAAAGCCUCACUUCGUCUAGGCGAACGCCUCGAAAAGAUGAUCCAAAAAAUCGAUUCUGAACUGGAGCAAUACGAUAGCGAAGUUGGCUCAAGACUUAAUCUUAUCCAAGCAAAUGAAAGCGGACAAAUUACCGUUUCUGCAUUAGAAGAAGCAUUACGUGUCAUCAAACACACGCCAGGUGAUAAUGAACGUAUUAAAAAGAUUGUAAAGAAAUUGGAUGUUGAUAGCGAUGGAUUAGUAUUCCUGGAUCAUAUAUCCGAGUUGUGUGUCAAAGGAGAAGGAAUGGGGGUUUUGGUGGAAAGUGAAAAGGAAAAGACCGAAAAGACUACAGCGAAGAAGAAACCGAAAAAAGAAGAUAUUUUAAGGGAGGAUUAA